AACGAUUUUCAAUUAAACCAAUGUCCUUUUCGUGCCGCUGAAAGUGGUAAACUGUAGUGACAAUGGAUUCACACGGAGCCAUGAAUACCGAGCCAUUUAGAGUGCAGACGAUUCCAGUAACGCUGAAAUGUCAUGUUCUCGAUCGACGAGGAUUUGAAAAGUACCAACUUUCGAUCCAGUCGUUGAACUAGAUCGCUUACUGGAAUGACUACAUUGUAUUGGAAUGAAAACGCUGUUUACAUUACUCCGGUUAAGAUUCAUCGCUGAAUUAGAACAAUGGACUGGAAUGCUAUUUGACUAGUAUAAACCCAGUUUUAUACAAGUCCGUACUAUGGCUGUGACAGCUCGAGCCCGUACGGCAAACAGAAAAAAUAUCAGAGACUACCAAAUGUGUCCGGAAUACAUCCGGACCACGGAUGACGAAUGGACACAACACUGAUAAUGUAUAAACUGCUACAUUUAAAACUAUAGUGAUCGAUUCGGGCACGGGGCUCGGCAGGGACACAGAACAUACAUAGUUCAUAGUCGGUUGUGUAUAAAUGGACUUUUAAUCUUCACAUACGUUUGCUAACCAUAACGAUAACCAGUAUAAAUAUUCACGCGAUUCUUCAUUAUUCAUUGUUAUCUACAUUAAAAACGGUACUUUAAAUACGGUACUUAUUGUUAGUCAAAUAAUAUUAAUACGUUUAAGUUUUCUUUACACCUGUUUGUUUAAAAUAUAAAAUGUAUACAUAUUAGAAAAGUUUAAAAAACGAAUUAAAAUUUCAAGGGUUAACUUGUUUAAAUAUUUGUUUAAGCAAUAGAUUAAUUUUAGAUAAAAUGGAACAUCAAGAUCAAACAUCAAUUGAUUUUGAUUGAUGCUUUAUGUUUAAAAUAAUGAUGUAUUUAAGUCCGCUUAAGAGAAAAUAAUCGAUCAGCCAGAAGAAUCUGAUUCCUAUCUUAUCACAAAUCAACAUGAAGAUAGCAUUUGAUGAUAUUGACAGUUGUUAUUACUAUGAACCUUACGCAGAAAGAUUGAUACGUUAAAGAGUCUAAAUGAAAUAAUCUAAUCACAUUUUUCAGAGUGUUCUGUGAUACAAGUAGAUAUCAUUUUAUAAGCUUACAUCUUUUCGCAUAAAAUAAAGUAACUCAUAUACAAACAAACAAAGAAUACUUUACGAGAUAAAAUCCACAUACUGCCACGAUAAUGUUGUAUUGUAUUGUAUUGUAUCGAUCGUCUCUGACUUGUCAAAAAUAGAUUAAAAUGCCGAGCAAUGUUAUUCUACAAGCAUUGGGAAAUAGGCAUGCCAAGGAGAUGGCAAUUACGAUAUUUAUCAAUGGGGAAAAAAUCACUGAAACAAGAUAAAGAAAACUGAAAACGAUUGAAAAUAUAUCGAACUGAACGCAGUGUUUGGUUAAACGUUCGUAGAACACAACAGUAAUGUGGUUUCAACAAUUAAUUUUGAGUAUAUUAGUUUUAAGUAUAAAUGGUCUCGUCCGACAUCCAGAAGAUAUAGAUGUGAAUUCGUUUUCAAAUGAAAUUGAAUUAUGGACCAAGUUGGACUAUGAGGGAGAAUUGUUCAACGAUAUGAUAAAAUCCUUGAAAAUUCCUACAGAACUUCAGAAUUCUGAUUGGAGAUCUUUUACAGCAAAUUCUGAUACUAAGAUAUGUACAAUAUGUCGAGGAAUUUUAAAAACGUUUUUCAAUUUACGACGUAAAGGAAUGUCAGAAGAAGAUAUAAAAGAUAAAAUAGUAAAAUUAUGUGUACUGUUCAAUAUCCAAACCGAAAGAGUUUGUAGAGGAGUUGUUGAAUUGAACUUGCCUAUUGUUCUGUACAUAGUAGAUUCGAAAUCAAAUUUGACAGCAAACACAGUUUGUGGCGUUGUUCUAGAAUCAAAAUCGUGUCCUUUAAGCGAUCCUGAAUUUGAUUGGAAUAUUCAUAUUGAUAACAAUUCUAAUGCAAUAAUUACUGAUAAUGAAACACAAAAGCAAAUAAAAAUUUUACAAAUAACAGACCUACAUUAUGAUCCUCUUUAUGAACCAUAUGGCAAUUCAAUAUGUAGAGAACCAGUUUGUUGUCGAAAAGGACAAAAUGAACCUAACAUGACUCAAUUUGCUGGCUUUUGGGGAGAUUAUAACUCCUGUGAUACCCCAUGGCAUGCGAUCACUGAUGCCUUAAAUCAUAUAAAAGAUACACAUCAGGAUAUAGAUUUUAUAUAUUUUACUGGUGAUAUUAUAGACCAUGGAGUAUGGGAAACUUCAAAGGAAGGAAAUGUACAAAGUCUUGUAAAAAUUUAUGAAUAUAUUCAUGAUACUUUUAAUGAUACUAUAAUAUAUCCAAUAUUUGGAAAUCAUGAAUCAAAUCCUUUAAAUCAGUUCGCACCAAAAAAUAUAACGCAAGACAAUUUAACUACAAAUUGGCUUUAUAAAUUAAUGGCAGACCUAUGGAUUGUAUAUGGAUGGUUACCAGAACAUACUCGUUCUACUAUACUUCAAGGAGGAUAUUACACUGUUGUCCCAAAAAGAGGAUUUAGAAUUAUAGCUUUAAAUAGCAAUGUGUGUUAUUCUUACAAUUGGUGGCUUUGGUAUAAUCCGCAAGAUCCUGAUAAUCAACUACAUUGGCUUGCAACUAUUCUUUCUGAAGCAGAGAGAAAUGAUGAAUUUGUACAUGUUUUAUCCCAUAUACCCUCUAAUAGUAAUAGCUGUUUUAAAACGUGGAAACGAGAAUAUUUAAGAAUAAUUGAUAGAUUUUCCCAUAUAAUUAAAGCUGAAUUCAAUGGGCAUACUCAUAAUGAUGAAAUAGCAAUAUUUUAUAAUUCUGAUAUGAAAGCAAAAAAUGUUGCCUGGAAUGGUGGUAGUAUAACAGCUUAUUCGAAAUUGAAUCCGAAUUAUAAAAUAUAUAUAGUAAAUUGCAGUAAUUAUGAGGUAGCUGAUUACCAAAAUUGGAUGUAUGAUCUCAGUUCUGCCAAUAAAAAUAUCCAUGUAAGACCAACCUGGUAUAAAUCAUAUUCUUUUAAAACAGAAUAUGACCUUCCAGAUUUGUCUGUUAAAUCCUUAAAUAAUUGGCUCUCUACAGCAGCAAAGAAUGAAACACUAUUGAAUAAGUAUUACAAGAACUUUUACAAACAUGCAGGACCUAAAUUGCAAGAACCUUGUGAUAUAAACUGUAAGAAACAGUAUUUAUGUCGUAUAAUUGUUCAUUCAGAAACUGAACUAUGUAAUAAUAUUUUAAAGAAUUGAAAUUAAAAUUGAAAUAAAAAAUCAAGUUUUCCUAUA